AUGCCCAGUGUACCAAAAGCUGCAAGUGAUACCACCAUAGCUAUGGGCAAUGAUCUGGGACACAAACAAGUCGAGGAAAGUCCUAUAAAUGAUGAAAGCGACUAUGAUGAUGUUUCUUCAUCCUCUUCAUCUUCGUUGCGUAGAAGCAACUCAGUGUCAUUUGUGGAUCUAUCGAAGCUCUUAUUUAUGAAUGAUUUCGACUUCGGCUUUGACCUAGAUGCUGUAAGCGAUACAACUCGGAAAAGAUUCAAUAAAAUGAAAGCAAAGACGAAACAGAAACUUCAGAGAUUAAAAGACGAACAGCCUUUAAGGGGAUCAGAGCUCUCAAAGGUCCAAGAAAGGUUUAUUAAUAGAUUAUCUCGCUUUGACGACAGGGUACAUAUCAAUCUCCAAAGCUCUGCCGCAGAGAAGCUAUUUUACGCUAUUGCUGUGUCUUUGAUUGCUACCGCAGGCUUCAUAAUAGGAAAAUACCCAGAUCAUUUUCAUGUAUUUUACACGAUACUAUUUUCAUUACUCAUGCCCAUUCGAUUUUACACUUACUUUAAGCAGUCGUUUCAAUAUUUCUUAGCAGAUUUAUGUUAUUACGUGAACUUGCUUUUGAUAACGUUUAUCUGGUUCUUCCCGGAAUCGCCUUCAUUAUUUGUCUCCGUCUUUGCAUUAUCCAUGGGCACAUUAUCAUUUGCAGUUAUAACUUGGAGAAACUCCCUAGUGUUGCACUCUAUCGAAAAGACAACUAGCUCAUUUAUUCAUAUUAUGCCUCCUGUUACCUUAUUUGUGAUCGUGCAUGAGCUUCCAAAGGACUAUUUGCAAUCAAGGUUUCCUGCGGUUUCAAGUAUCGAUCACUGGGAUUUUGUUGGUGGUAUCAUUUGGACUUCUAUCUACUAUACUCUUUGGCAAGUCAGCUACCUUUACUUCAUCACUAUUAAGAGGAAAGAACAAAUAGAAAAGGGUACUGUCACAUCUUUCACAUGGUUGAAAAAGAAAAACAGCAAAAGCUUUCUAGGUAAGUUUGUCAACUCUUUACCAUAUACCUGGAUGCAAAUAGCAAUGUUUACAUUAAUUCAAUUCGGCUAUCAGAUCCUUACCAUGAUGUUUUGUCCCAUAUGGUUUACCUACAAACAUGCCUGCGGAAGCUUUGUGCUUUUUAUAUUUAUAUGGGCAAGCUACAACGGUGCCACAUAUUACAUCGAUGUUUUUGGAAAGCGUUUUGAGAAGGAGGUCGAGAAGUUAAAAAGAGAAAUUUUAGACUUGCAGCAGCAGAAUGAAAAAUUGCAGUUUUCACCUUUGGACGAGGAGGCUACGACUGAUAUUAAAUUAAACGAUUCUAGUACUUAA